CUCAGCAACUCCCGCCUUCCCCGCCCCGCUCCUGUUCCACCGCUCGGUUCCAACCCUGAUCCAGGACGGGCCGCAGUGUGCUCUGGUGGCCCUGGCCAUGGCGGGGGCGCUGCUGGGACCCCCUGGCCCCAAUUGGGUCUGGGGGCUCUGCUGGAGCCAGCGCGGGCCAGGGCUGCACCCGCCACAGGGAUAUGUUCUCAGAGCGACCACCCCAAGAGAGACUUUCUGAAUUUGUCAUCUUUUUCAGAGCAGUGAAAGAGUGGUGUCUUCUGGUAUUGUUCAUUUUGUGUGCUGGGGGUGCUGUGCUUGUCAAAUAAACGGGUUCUUUCCACUUCUCUCCCAGGAAUCCUUCCUGAACUGGUUGGGGGGAGGGGCCUUGUGGGUUUGCUUUCUGGAGGGGCCCCCUUUGGAGGUUUUCUCCCAAAUUUGCCCUAAACCAGGAAAAAAUUUGGUGCCCAACACGUGGGGCUCGAGAGAGAGUGGAAAAGCCCUGUUUCGAGUGCAUUUUGGUUGCCAUUAUUCUGUGUCAGUAUAAAGCAGUUAACAGCCAUGCUUUUUGAAUUCAUAAUGUCUCUUGGGGUGAAGGCUUGCAUGCAUUUCUGGUCCCUAUGGGUUUUUAAGGUUUUAAUACUUCUAUGGUCCCUCAGUUUAUUUUCUUAUCCAGAAAUAGCUCUUGUAUUGUCCCUAAUAUGUAGCUUUUACAGCAGAGGGGCACUGACCAGAAUAGCUAUCCUGCUGGGCUUAGUGGUAAUAGCUUGUAAGAAGUUUAUAAACAUGCUGGGGCCUGCUCCAGGUAUGAAUGGUUCGUGGUUAUGGUUAUGCAUCCAGUUUGUAAGAGGAGGAGCAGGGGGUGAGGCUUUUCAGCCUUUGCUUUCCUUCUUCUCCUCUGAAUCUGUUACAUCACUGUUGGAGAAUGUUCAGUUUCCCCUGAAUGUUAAAGAGACUGUCUUUCUGGUAUUCAAUCUGGUAAGCUUCCUCUCCUAGUCUGCUGCUUCUCUAGAAUGAGGGCUGAGAUUUCUAGACGGGCUGAUGAGAUCCCUGACUCAGGAAUAGACCCAGGUGUGGAAACUCCUAAGUGAUGUGGGAAAUGGGAGAAUAUGGGCCAAAUCCUGAAGGAAUUCUCUGACCCUAUAGUCUGGGACUUUCCCCAUGAACAAAUUCAGAACCCAGCUGAGGUGGGGAAAUAUCUGAAAGAGAAGUACCAGGAUGACCCUAAGGAAAAAAAGAUCAUUGCAGUGAGCUGAGCCUUGGCAUAUGCUUAUCGCGCGUUGCUAGAUACGGUUGGGCAGCAGACAGAGGCAGGGGGGCAGGGAGAUAAAUCAGCAGCUAUCCCGGUCACUCAAGCUGCAGCCAACACCCCAGGCUCAAAGCCAGCAGCCGAGCUAGAUAGUGAGCCUAAGCCAGCAGCUAAACCAAUGGCUGUUGCUACUAGCACCAGAAGUGGAAAAUGCACAGGCAAGACCAAUCAGCCAGUGGAUGAUGAUGAUGAUGAUGCAGGAGAAGGACCCUCAGCACCUCCUGAUGUAAAAUCAGAAGUCAAAGCAGCAGGUGCCAGAUCAGAAGCCAAUAUGGAGUCCUUUUCCCUGAAGGACCUCCAUGGCCUAAGGAAGGAUUACACCCGGCGACCUGAUGAAUCCAUAAUUAGUUGGUUAGUCCAUCUCUGGGAUGCUGCAGGUGAGGCCACAAUUCUGGACGACACUGAAGCCAGGCAUUUGGGAUCCCUGUCACAUGAUCCUGUCAUCGACCAAGGAAUGAUGAGGGGGGUUAAUCCUCACAGCCUGUGGGCAAGGGUCUUGGACAGUGUUGCACAAAGAUACCUGUGUGCAGAUGAUCUUUGGAUGCAGCAGACCCAGUGGAAGACCAUAGAGCAAGGGAUCCAACGCCUGAGAGAAAUGGCAGUGGCAGAGAUUGUCUUCUCAGAUGACGUAACAACUAGGAACCCAGACUUGGUACCAUGCACGUCUGUGAUGUGGCGGAAACUUGUACGACUCGGGCCACAUGAAUAUGCUUCUGCCUUAGCCAUAAUGAAGCGGGAUGAGAGAGAUGAGACCGUGCUGGAUAUGGCGAAGAAGCUCCAAGCAUAUGCAGACCCUGUGCAUGGCCCAAUUCUGCAUGCCAGAAUCGCAGCAGUGGAAACACGUCUGCAAAAGUUAGAAGAUAAGAUAGAGGAGAAUCACAAGAAGCUCAGAGAGGAGAUUAAGGAAGACCUUCUCCAAAUCUCAGCAGUACAGAUCAGAGGUCCUAGUGUCCAAUACAGACGUUCCCCAGAUGGAGAGAGAAGGUACACCCCACGAGCUGAGCUGUGGUUCUUCCUGCGUGAUAGUGGAGAAAACAUGAGGAGAUGGGAUGGGAAAUCUACUGCUGCUCUGGCACGACGGGUACGUGAAUUGAAGGAAGGCAGGACUCAGAGAGGGAGCUCCACCAAAAGGGAAGCAGCUCCAGUUGCCCAUAGCCGAACUGCCAGAUACAAUGACGAUGAUGACAUGUCCGAUCCCCUUGAAGGAACAUCUAAGACAUAUGCCCAGGGAAAGAAGCAUGACCAGGCUUAGAGGGGCCCUGCCUCUAGCCAGGUAGAGGCUAGGGAAAAUCGUGUUUUCUGGUCUGUGUGGAUUCAUUGGCCUGGCACAUUGGAACUACAGGAGUAUAAAGCUUUGGUCGACACUGGUGUGCAAUGUACAUUAAUCCCAUCGAGACGUGGGGACAGAAUCUGUUUCUAUUGCCGGCGUGACAGGGGGAUCCCAGGAUUUCACUUUGGUGGAAGCGGAUGUGAGCCUGACGGGAAAUGAGUGGAAAAAACACCCUAUUGUGACUGGCCCCGAGGCCCCAUGUAUUUUGGGCAUAGAUUACCUUUGAAGUGGGUAUUGCAAGGACCCAAAAGGACUCAGGUGGGCAUUUGGGAUAGCAGCUGUAGUGACAGAGGGCAUCCAGCAAUUGAACACUUUGCCUGGACUGUCCGAGAAUCCAUCUGCAGUAGGACUUCUGAAGGGAGAAGAGCAACAGGUGCCAAUUGCCACUUCCACAGUGCAUUGACGGCAGUAUAGAACCACUUGAGAUGCUGUGAUCCCCAUCCAUAAGAUGAUCCGAGAGCUGGAGAGCCAAGGGGUGGUCAGCAAGACCCACUCACCCUUCAACAGCCCCAUUUGGCCUGUGCGUAAAUCUGAAGGGGAAUGGAGAUUGACUGUGGACUACCGUGUAUUGAAUGAAGUGACUCCACCACUGAGCGCUGCCAUGCCAGACAUAUUAGAGCUCCAGUAUGAGCUGGAGUCCAAGGCAGCGAAGUGGUAUGCCACUAUUGACAUUGCCAAUGCAUUUUUCUCCAUUCCUCUGGCAGCAGACUGCAGGCCUCAGUUUGCUUUCACCUGGAGGGGAGUGCAGUAUACCUGGAACCGACUGCCCCAGGGGUGGAAGCACAGCCCCACCAUCUGCCAUGGACUGAUCCAGACUGCACUGGAAAAGGGUGAGGCUCCAGAACACCUCCUGUAUAUUGAUGACAUCAUUGUGUGGGGGAACACAGCCACAGAAGUGUUUGAGAAAGGACAGAAAAUCAUCCAAAUCCUCCUGGGAGCUGGUUUCGCCAUUAAAAAGAGCAAAGUAAAGGGACCAGCUCGUGAGAUUCAGUUCCUAGGAGUGAAGUGGCAGGAUGGACGGCGUCAGAUCCCUACAGAUGUCAUUAACAAGAUCACAGCUAUGUCUCCACCGACCAAUAAGAAGGAAACACAAGCUUUCCUAGGUGCCAUAGGCUUUUGGAGAAUGCACAUUCCGGAGUACAGCCAGAUCGUGAGCCCUCUUUACCUGGUCACCCGUAAGAAGAACCAUUUCCACUGAGGCCCUGAGCAACCACAAGCUUUUGCCCAGAUCAAGCAGGAAAUUGCCCAUGCAGUAGUCCUUGGUCCGGUCAGGACAGGACCAGAUGUGAAGAACAUGCUCUACUCUGCAGCCGAGAACCAUGGCUUGUCCUGGAGCCUUUGGCAGAAGGUGCCUGGGAAGACUCGGGGUUGGCCACUAGGAUUUUGGAGUCGAAGCUACAGAGGCUCUGAAGUCAACUAUACUCCAACUGAGAAAGAAAUCUUGGCUGCCUAUGAAGGAGUCCAAGCUGCCUCAGAGGUGAUUGGCACAGAAGCACAACUCCUCCUGGAACCCCGACUGCCGGUGCUGGGGUGGAUGUUCAAAGGCAAGGUUCCUUCCACUCACCAUGCCACUGACAAUACAUGGAGCAAGUAGAUUGCCCUUAUCACUCAGCACGCCCGUAUAGGUAAACUGAAUCACCCUGGGAUUUUGGAGGUAAUUACAAAUUGGCCCGAAGGUGAGAAUUUCGGUGUCACAGAUGAUGAACCAGAACCAGUGACAUGUGCUGAAGAGGCUCCUCCAUAUAACCAGCUGCCACCAGAGGAAACACGCUAUGCUCUUUUCACAGACGGUUCCUGUUGCAUCGUAGGGAUGAACUGGAAGUGGAAACCAGCCGUAUGGAGCCCCACACGACAGGUUGCACAAGCUACCGAAGGAGAAGUGGAUCGAGCCAACUUGCUGAACUCAAAGCUGUUCAGCUGGCCCUGGACUUUGCUGAGAGAAAGAAGUGGCCAAAGCUCUACCUUUACACUGAUUCAUGGAUGGUAGCCAAUGCUCUGUGGGGAUGGCUGGAGAGGUGGAAAGAGGCCAAUUGGCAGCGUAGGGGAAACCAAUUUGGGCUGCUGAUGAGUGGAAAGACAUCGCUACCAGGGUAGGGAAGCUACCUGUGAAGGUCCGCCAUGUAGAUGCCCAUGUCCCCAAGAGCAGAGCUGAUGAGGAGCACCAACACAAUGAGCAGGUAGACCAGGCUGCAAAGAUAGAGGUGUCAAAGAUAGACCUAGACUGGGAACACAAGGGAGAGUUAUUCCUAGCUCAGUGGGCCCAUGAUGCCUCAGGCCAUCAGGGUAGGGAUGCUUGCUAUAAGUGGGCAUGAGACCGAGGGGUGGAUCUAACCAUGGACAGUAUUUCUCAGGUUAUUCAUGACUGUGAGACAUGUGCUGCCAUCAAACAGGCAAAGCGAGUGAAGCCCCUAUGGUAUGGUGGGCAGAGGUCCAAGUACAAGUAUGGGGAGGCCUGGCAGAUUGACCACAUCACACUGCCCCAGACACGCCAAGGCAAGUGCUAUGUGCUGACCAUGGUGGAAGCCACCACUGGAUGGUUGGAAACCUGUCCUGUGUCUCAUGCCACUGCCCAAAACACCAUCCUGGGCCUUGUUCAUUUCAAGAACAGCCUUAUCAACACCUGGGUUAGGGAACAUGGCAUUGAGUGGGUGUACCAUAUCCCCUACCAUGCACCAGCUGCAGGAAAAGUAGAGAGGUACAAUGGGCUACUAAAAACCCAGCUGAAAGCAUUGGGUGGGGGAUCUUUCAAAACUUGGGAGCAGCAUUUAGCAAAGGCCACCUGGUUAGUUAACACCCAAGGUUCCACUAACCGAGCAGGUCCUGCCCAGUCUGAGUCCCUGAAUAUAAUAGAUGGAGAUAAAGUCCCAGUGGUACAUGUCAGAGGUCUGUUAGGGAGGACAGUGUGGAUCAAUUCUGCCUCGAGUGCAGACAAACCCAUCCGUGGGGUUGUCUUUGCUCAGGGACCAGGUUGCACACGGUGGAUAAUGCAGAGAGAUGGAACAACACGAUGUGUACCUCAGGGAGAUCUGAUUGUGAGAAUGAUAUGCAAAUAUCACUGUUUGCUAUGUUAUUGCCAUCAUCUGUACACUAAACCGUAUAGACAUGAGAUAGGAGGAAAAUGUUUGAUGAUAUGGGGAUAAGGGGUGGAAUGUCCUAGGGUGACUGUUAUCCCCAUUCGUGUGUGUAAUUUAUGCUGGAUAUUAUGUUCUGUGCCUUUAAGACUGGCAGAGUGAAAGUUUUGUUUUGGGCCUCUUAUCAGCCACUCGGCGGGACAUCCAGAUAGCACCAGGACUUAGUGUUGCUUUUUUGCUUUUUGCGCUGCUUUUUGCCUUUGCUCUUGCUUCUGCUUCGCUUCUGCUUUGCUUGCUCUUGCUUUCCCCCCCCUCUUCUCAUUAGUUAAUUUAGCUAAACAGUCCAAAUUCUUUUCUGGACUGCUUCCUCUGUGUGGACCUGCCGAACCUGCUCCGGACUGGAAUUGGAACCACCGAUUUGGAAACACCGAGCAGCUGCCCCAGCGCCGGAGGGACUGAUAACAGCGACCACCUCCCAGGAGAGACUUUCUGAAUUUGUCAUCAUUUUCAGAGCGGUGAAAGAGUGGUGUCAUCUGGUAUUGUUCAUCGUGUGUGCUGGGGGGUGCUGUGCUUAUCAAAUAAACAGGUUCUUUCCA